AUGGAGGAUGUCGGAAAAAGAGGCCUAGGUCAUGUUGUCCUGGAUGCCGUUCGACUCGACCACCGAAGAUUGACAAUAAGCUGCAACGUCCUAUACGAUCCCGCUGAGGACUCGACUCUCGCAGAUCUGGCCGUGCUUGGGCGGGGGAUGUCUCAAGUAUUUCGGCACUACCGACCUGUCUCUUCACCAUUGAAUGACUUGAGUCUAAUUUUUCCGUCUGAAGAGUCAGAUGACCCGGCUAUUGAAGCCCAGCUCCAAUACGAUCAGGUGUAUUCCAGGUAUCUGCAAGAGUAUCCAAAAAGACGAAACUCGGCCAACAACCUUGGGUCUAGUACGCGGGAUUUGGUCUUUGCUUGGUACGAGAGACGUCUCGAUGAAAUCAGCGACAUCGUCCAGAAAUCUCGUCUCUCCCAUAGGUCCGGUGGUGCCGCCUGCUCUAUUGCUGGUUGCCUUUCGCUGCCACAAUUACUUCUGGUGACCACAUACACGUUCCUCCGAUCAUGCCUUCCCUUCCAGACGGGCGACCACGGCCAAAUACUGGAUAUUCUUCGGCGUGAAGAGAAAGACUGGUGGCCGCGCAUCGGAUCUGAAGGGCUAUCAGAACUGAUCUCGCGGAACCACGAAGCAAGAGACACUCGAAUGGAUAGGAUAUGGGAGGAGAUACGCAGCACCUUAAUUCAAGGCCACUGCUGUUUUUCAGUAUCUUCCCAAGACCUACGAGACCAGCUCCGAUAUAUUCUCAGCAACUUGGACCAGAUCUCAGCGAACGGAUCAAGUACUAGGCAGGAGCAAUGGCUGUCUCCUCCAAAGACGCCUUUUGGCAGAAGAGGCACUGUGGUGCUCGUUUGCUUUAGUCUCUCUGUCGUACCGAGCGGUUCAAUGCCGCCAGUUCACUGGGAACCGGACAAUUCCACACUCAAAGACAUGCUUCGUCAUUUGAAUCAAUCGCCACUCUUCUCCAACGGCAUAACUCUGAAUGAGUUGUGCACUGCGUUAUCGUCACUUGAUUUACUGUUUUCCUACGAGGACAAACGCGUCACCAAUUUCCAGGAAGAAAGAGAGCUGUCGAAGCUCAUUCGGUUAAGCUAUAAGGGACCACAUGUGCCAACCAUCGGCUACCCCUAA